AUGGCAAAACAAAUAGCUGACGUACAAAUCCACGCCUCAGACGAAAAUGAUUUGGAAGAUGAUAAUUUAGAUAUUAGUGUAGACCUCAUUGACGAUGGCCUUUACCUAGGUAACCUAGCGUGUGCUAGAGACUUUAAAACGUUAGAACAGCUGAAAGUAACCCACAUCCUUACAAUAGACCUGGUGCCACUGCCGAGGUCUAUACUGGAUAGGACUCACCUAACAUUUAAAUUUAUGAAAUUGGCAGAUGUGCCCAAAGAAGAUCUCAUCAGUCACCUACCAGAGAGCAAUGAGUUCAUCAGGCAAGCAAUUGCAAACAAAGGAACAGUUCUUGUUCAUUGUUAUUUUGGCGUAUCAAGAUCUGCGGCCGUAGUUAUAGCAUAUAUAAUGGAGAAGUAUGGCCUUUGCUAUGAAGAUGCGUUUCUUUUAGUGAAGACAAAGAGACGUUUCAUUGGACCAAAUGUUGGCUUCGUCGCUCAACUCAAACUGUUUGGACAUAUGGGCUAUCAGAUUAAUAAGGAUGAUCCGAGAUUUAAACAGUUCAGAUUGAAAAUGGCAGGACAGAAAUUGAAACAAGUGAAAAUACUACCUCAACUAUUCGCUGAUCUAAUAAAACCAGACCCCGGCUUGAUCCGAGAACGUCCAGAUCCAAUAGUCUACCGUUGCAAGAAAUGUCGCAGGAUAGUCGCUAACCAGAGUAACAUAAUACCUCACCUACCCAAACAAGUUAAAGUAGAACUAGCCAAGAAGAACAUUCGUCCUCCGCCAAGCAAAUUAACUGGUAUUAAUUGUGCUGAAAACGGGCAAUUGUUAAUAGAGAAGUUAAAAAGUCUCGCUUGUCAGAUAAUGGACAAUAAGAUUGAGAUUGAUCAACCAAGCGAUGAUACCAGUCCUGGCAAGAACGAUAACAGUUACCAGGAUAGCGAUGAAGGUCCUAGCCAGAUACUCGAUGGCUACAAUGAGCAGAAUAUGGUGGAUGCAAAUAUAGUGGCGAGGGCGGAUGCUCCGGAGAUCUGCCGCCUCAUGUGGUUCGUGGAGCCCAUGAGCUGGAUGAAGGACGUUCAGAACUCACCGCAGGGCAAGCUGCACUGCCCCAAGUGUGCUAAUAAAAUCGGCAGCUUCAGUUGGGUUAUGGGUUGUAAAUGUCCCUGCGGUCAAAAAGUAGCUCCCGCUUUUUACUUAGUGCCUUCGAAGGUGGAGUGGUCGAAUAUUGUACAAAAUGUACAGAUUACUGUAUAAUAAUCCUCAACGUAAAA